AUGGACACAACAGAGCCUUCGCCGCCAUCCAGGUGGAUCGAGACACUCGGUUCCGAUAGUGGCUGUGAACUGACCGAAUGGGAUGAUAAUGCAACGCCACUAGGCAGCGUAAACCGCUGCGUGCACGACAUAAUUCAUAGCCAGUGCUUGCUGCAGCCUGAAGCAGCGGCAGUUAACUCUUGGGAUGGAGAGAUGUCUUAUGGAGAACUGGACGCACGCUCGACAAAUUUGGCUAAGCGUUUGACAAGCAAAAAUCAUUUUGAAAAGGGGACAUUCGUUUCAAUCUGUAUGGAGAAGUCCUUAUGGACACCUGUCGCCAUGUUGGGUGUGAUGAAAGCCGGAGGUGCCUUUCUUUUAUUGGAUCCAGCUCACCCGCGGGAUAGACUGUGCCAGAUGUUGGAGGAUACUUCUUGUGCUCUAGUCUUGACUUCAACAACUUGCUCACAAGUAGUUGCUGAGUUGGGCAUCGAGAUGAUUGUGCUGGAAGAGACAAUUUUUUCUGAUGGGGACGACGAAAAGGACAGUCAAAUCGCCGCUGUUUCUGCGGACAUUACUCCGGAAGAUACGAUAUACGCCGUGUUCACUUCAGGGUCGACUGGAAGGCCAAAAGGAGCGAUAUUCUCGCAUAACGCAUACGCUUCAAGUGCGGUUCUUUUAAAAGCUCCACUGCAAAUAGGGCCGCAGUCACGUGUUAUACAGUUUUCAUCCUAUGCCUUUGACGUGAGCAUCUCAGAUCAUCUUCUUACCUUAAUAGGGGGCGGCUGUAUCUGCAUUCCGUCAGAAAGUGACCGCCAGAAUGACCUCGCGGGGAGCAUGACGCGACUUGGUGCGAACUGGGCAUGCAUCACUCCCUCCGUGGCCCGCACUUUGUCCCCUCACAAAGUCCCAAGGCUUCAAAACCUAGUGCUCACAGGGGAGGUCGUUAACCGAACAGAUGUGGAUAUGUGGGCUGCACACGUCAAUCUGAUCGGGCUCUAUGGCCCAGCUGAGUACGCCAUCGGGACUACGGUAAACGUCCACCUGGGGCGGUCAGCCAGUGCCACCAACAUUGGGCGUCCGUAUUCCGCUGUAUGUUGGAUGGUAGACCCGCUGGAUCAUAGCAAACGACUUCUUCCCGGAGCUGAUGGUGAGCUAGUGAUUGAGGGGCCUGCAAUCAGUCGCGGGUACAUCAAUAACCCGAACCAGACCGCAAGCUCUUUUAUUAGUGACCCUGCGGAAACGAGUCAUGGCCAAACUGCCAGAAAGAUGUAUAAAACAGGAGACUUGGUUCGCCAUAACAAGAAGGAUGGGACUUUCCAGUUCCUUGGCCGUAAGGAUACGCAGGUAAAGCUGCGCGGCCAGCGAGUUGAACUGGGUGAAAUCGAGUACCACGUCCGAACAUGUUUCCCUGGAACCCAGGAAGUUGUUGCAGAGGUGGUGCAGUUUAAAGACUCGACACAGCAGCUAGUUGUGUUUGUAUUCCGGCCAGACAGCCAGGAGCCAACGAUGCAAACGGCGUCGGAUGGGCUACUGGUCUUUCCAAAUCAAUCGUUCUUGACUCAAGUGACACAGCUUGAGUUGGCGCUAGCUCAACGGCUACCAAAGUAUAUGGUUCCGAACUUGAUUCUCAGGGUCGCACGUAUGCCCAUGACGGCAACUGGAAAGACUGAUCGCCGAAGACUCCGCGAACAUGUAGAGCAGCUGUCGUUGCAAUCUUUAAACGUUUAUCAUCGCGGGAAUGCGUUGGCUACUGAGGCACCAACCACUACGAGUGAGAAAACACUCCAAAUAUUGUGGGCACAAGUCUUGGGUGUCCCUAUUGAGCAGAUUGGUCGUCAAAGCAACUUCUUUCACAUUAAUGGUGAUUCUCUACAAGCCAUGCGACUUGUGAGUCAAGCUAGGGAAGCCGGCCUGUCGAUGACGGUGCAGAAUAUCUUCCAGCAUCCACGCCUAUGUGACCUGGCUGAGACAACGAAACCCCUAGCCACAGAAGAACAGAGUGACUCAACUGUGGCUUUUGAAUAUUUGCCUGACGACCCCUCUGUUCGCGAGCGCAUCAUUCAACUUCUCACAGAGAAGUAUUCCACCGAUUCUAAGGUUAUCGAAGACAUUUAUCCAUGCACGACAACCCAAAAAACGCUCAUAAUGUCAUCUGCCAUGGUUCAAAACAAUCACACCAUUGCAGUUGAAUGCCAGUUACCGGUGGGGCUAGAUCAAGACCGACUCUUGAAUGCAUGGAAGGCCGUUACCCGUGCUGAUCCCGCUCUCCGAACGCACAUAGUUGAAGCCAGUACCGGAGAAUAUUUCCAAGUGGUAUUGAGUGAAGAUACUCCUUUAGAGAUCACAUCGGACGUGCCAACAGCAGUCCAAGGCAAAUCACCAGUCGAUAUAUGGGGGUUCAAGCGGCCACUAGCGCGCCUCAUCCAAUAUGAAGACCGGCUCACUAUGCUAAUCCACCAUACAAUCUGUGAUGGCUAUAGUGUUCCCGUCAUAUUUCAACAUUUGGCAAAGGCUUAUAGCGGCGAAGCGCUGCUGCCGCGACCAUUUGGUCCAUUCUUGCGUUGGCUCCAGCGUAGUGAAGCCCCCGAUGUGGAUGACUUCUGGAGACAUAAAUUUGCCGAUUUCCAAGGGAAAACCUUCCCCCCUCCGCUGGAAUCCCUGGCUAGUGGGCAGAUGCCUAUGGCUAUAUCCGUCCUUGAACCGCGGCUUGUUCUCGACCUUCCAGACAAAACGACGACCAGUACUUUUUCUAUAGAAAGCAGAUGCCGUCUGGCAUUGGCAAUAGUCCUCAGUAUAGCUACCGAUGUGGCAGAUGUUUCAUUCGGUGCAGUGGCCUCCAGGCGUGGUGCCCCGGUCCAUGGGAUUGCAGAUAUGACGGGACCCACGGCAACUGCACUCCCAGUGCGAGUGCAACUUAAGCCAGAGGAUACGCUUUGGGCCAACUUGAAACAUGUUCAAGACCAGGCAUUGCAGGCAAGCGAGUUUGAGUGCGCCGAGCUACAUCAUAUCGGCCAGUUGAGUCCAAGUGCAGGGGCGGUCUGUUAUUUCCAGACAUGUUUGGUCGUCCAGCCGGAUCCAUCCACCGCUGUGCCGCAGAUGUUUUCGCAGUGGAGUCAAUUCUUCGAGCGCGAUGUCUACCCAUGGGGGCUGUGUUUCGAGUGUGUCUUGUCGCAGACAUCGGUCGAGAUAGUGGCGUCCUACGACGAGCGAAUGGUUGAUGGCGACAGGGUGCGGUCGUUACGAGAGCAAUUUGCGGAGGUGUUUCGGCUCAUAGAUAAGGCCCCUAAUACGUGCAUUGGAGAUUUGGACGUGGGAGUACUCCGUAAGUGUGAAUAA